UCAGAGUCCCGAUGCGGCCCUGCUUCCUGUGUUACGGUAGCAUUCUGGCCCCGCCCUGACUCGUUCUGCUCGCUGAUAGGUCAGCCGCGGUCAGCUGACCAGGGAGCAGCGGAAGAAGGGAGCAGAGCAGCGGAGGAGGACCCGUCAUCCGUCAGAAUGCAAAGCACAACCAACUACCUGUGGCUGAUCUCAGACCUGCUGGGUCAGGGAGCCACGGCCAACGUUUACCGAGGACGGCACAAGAAAACGGGCGACCUCUACGCCGUCAAAGUGUUCAACAACCUGAGCUUCCUGCGGCCGCUGGAUGUCCAGAUGAGAGAGUUUGAGGUUCUGAAGAAGCUCAACCACAAGAACAUCGUGAAGCUGUUUGCUGUGGAGGAAGAGACCAACACCCGCCAUAAGGUCCUGGUCAUGGAGUACUGUCCCUGUGGGAGUCUCUACACCGUCUUAGAGGAGUCCACCAACGCCUAUGGUCUCCCUGAGGACGAGUUCCUCAUUGUUCUUCAUGACGUAGUGGCAGGUAUGAACCACCUGAGGGAGUACGGCAUCGUUCACCGCGACAUAAAACCAGGGAACAUCAUGAGGGUGAUCGGAGAGGAGGGACGAUCCGUUUACAAGCUGACAGACUUCGGUGCUGCCCGGGAACUGGAGGAUGACGAGCAGUUUCAGUCUCUGUAUGGAACCGAGGAAUACCUGCACCCAGACAUGUACGAGCGCGCCGUUCUCAGAAAGGACCACCAGAAGAAGUUCGCCGCUACGGUAGACCUGUGGAGCAUCGGCGUGACCUUUUACCACGCGGCCACCGGCAGCCUCCCGUUCCGACCAUUUGAAGGGCCACGCAGGAACAAGGAAGUGAUGUAUAAAAUCAUUACAGAGAAACCGUCCGGAACCAUCUCGGGUCAUCAGAAGUCUGAGAACGGAAAGAUCGAAUGGAGCACGGAGAUGCCGGUGUCCUGCAGUUUGUCCAAGGGCCUUCAGAGCCUCCUGACUCCGGUUCUGUCCAACAUCCUGGAGGCGGAUCAGGAGAAAUGUUGGGGGUUCGAUCAGUUCUUCGCAGAGACCAAUGACAUCCUGCACCGGAAUGUGGUCUACGUCUUCAGCCUGCAGCAGGCCACGCUGCACCACGUCUACAUCCACGAGUACAACACGGUGGCACUGUUCCGGGAACUGUUGUGCCGCAGGACCAGCAUCCCCCUGCAUAACCAGGAGCUGCUGUAUGAGGGCCGGCACCUCGUCCUGGAACCCAACCGCUCAGCCAAAACCUUCCCCAAGACCUCCAGGGACAACCCAAUCAUGCUGGUGAGCCACGAGGUCGUCGCCACUGUCGGACUGAUCUUCGAAGACCCGAGUCCUCCAAAGGUCCAGCCCCGCUACGAUCUGGACCUGGAUGCCAGCUAUGCUAAGACAUUUGCAGGAGAUGUGGGACAUCUAUGGAAAACAUCAGAGUCUCUGCUGGUUUAUCAGGAGCUGGUGCGGAAAGGAGUCAGAGGAUUGAUUGAGCUGAUGAAGGAGGACUACAGUGAAGUUCUGAACAAGAAGUCCGAGGUUUUCCACCUCUGCAACAUCUGCACGCAGCUGCUGGAGAAGACCGAGCAGCUGCUGGAGGUGCUGAUACAGGCCAACGUGCUGACCUCAGACAACGAAGAGAUCUCAGACAUCCACAAGAAGCUUCUCAGAAUCUCCGGUUCUCUGGACUCCAUCGAGGGAACAACACAGGACAUGAAGAGUAAGUUCCUGCCGGGAGGCUUGCUGAUGGACACCUGGACGCAGGUGGGGACGCACCCCGAGGACAGGAAUGUGGAGAAAAUUAAAGUUCUGCUGGACGCCAUCACAGCCAUCUACCAGCAGUUCAAGAAGGACAAAGCAGAAAGACGUCUGCCGUACAACGAGGAGCAGAUCCACAAGUUCGAUAAGCAGAAGCUGGUCAUUCACGCUGGUAAAGCUCGCUCUCUGUUCACUGACGAGUGCGCCAUGAAGUAUCGCCUCUUCAUCUCCAAGAGCGAGGAGUGGAUGAGGAAGGUUCAUCAAGUGAGGAAACAGCUCUACACCCUGUCGGGUCAGCUGAUCAGCGUCGAGAAGGAGGUGACCAUGCUGAUGGACCGGGCCAUCAAGGUGGAGGACCAUCUGCUUCAGAAGAUUGUGCCUCUGGGGCCGAAUGCGAUAAAACCUCAGCCGUACCUGAGUCCCAACACGCUAGUAGAGAUGACUCUGGGGAUGAAGAAGCUGAAGGAGGAGAUGGAAGGAGUCGUCAAGGAGCUGGCGGAGAACAACCACUUCUUAGAGAGGUUUGGGACUCUGACUCUGGAUGGAGGUCUGAGAGGCUGACCUGGACGGCAGCACCGUGUACAUGUUCUCUGUAAAUACUGUUGGACUCUGAAGGGUCACUGGGCCCGACCUGUUGGGAGAACAUUCCAUCAGAACCAUUCUGUUGUACCAAAAAAACUGAGAAACUGAUCCGGUUACAGACACUCCAUUUAUCUAAAACAACACCGAGCUGGGACAGAACUGCCAGCAGAACCACCUGCUGCACACUAAAUCAGAUCUGCUCCUGAGAUUUGUUCCGGUUCGGUUUGGUUUCAGCUCUCCAGACAGAACCCAAGCAGUUCCACAUGGAAGAGUAAACUGAAGUUUAGAUCCAUGCAGAUAAACAUUUUACUCUGAUGAUGGUUCUGUUUAACGGGAAAAGCACUUAUCCACCCUGAGAAUCCAGGAUUUACCAGCUUAUUUCUGGGAUUUCCAACCAAGUGUGAUGACCGUAUUGGAUCAGUAUAAGGUUCUACAGAAUGUUUGGGGAGAAAUUUGAAUUGUAGAUUUAAAUAUUUAGAAAAGCAUUACAAUAAAUUUGGUUAAAGGUUCAAUCAGAACGUUUUUAUUUAUCAUUUGCUGUAAUGAGAGGUUCUGUGCUAAAUGAUUUCUGUUCUUAUCAAUAGUUCUCAUCAUCUUCCUGUUUCCUCAUCAUGCUGCCAUGUUCUGAAGAUCUCUGAAGAUCCAGUUCAGGGCCACAUAUUAUUUCAACAUCUAUCUUCAUACGUUUUCUGUAACAUUAGAUUCAGGAUGACUGAAACUAAGCAGGGACAUGUACAACAGCUCCCCCUGCCGGACUGAAUGACUUUUACCUUUAGUUCGAAGAGGAUUUGAGUUGAAUUGUUGCUCAGAACAGGUGACGCCUACAUGCAGUAAACUAGUCGAUAAAAUGUUCA